AUGGCUUCGUCCGAGGAAGAGGCGACAACCGCGCCGAACCCUGAAUAUGACUGCCUCAGUGUCCGAAAAUGGUGGUGCUUCCUACUGUCGUCUAUCUUCACGUUCCUCGCGGGUUUGCUGGUGGUGCUACUAUGGCGCGCUUGCGCGUUCGUCUGCUGCCGCCGGGAGCCAGAGCUGUCCCCGAACGACCCCAAGCAGAAGGAGCAGAAAGCGGCGCGCCAGGGAAAACAGGAGUUCGAGGGCACCUUCAUGACCGAGGCCAAAGAUUGGGCCGGCGAACUUAUCUCCGGUCAAACAACCACUGGACGUAUACUGGUAGUUUUGGUGUUCAUUCUAAGCAUAGCAUCGCUCAUCAUCUACUUCAUUGACGCGUCCAGUGAGGAGGUGGAGCGAUGUCAGAAAUGGAGUGACAAUAUUACUCAACAAAUUGACCUUGCCUUUAACAUAUUUUUUAUGGUCUACUUUUUUAUACGAUUUAUAGCAGCUAGUGACAAACUAUGGUUCAUGCUCGAGAUGUAUUCAUUUGUAGAUUAUUUCACGAUACCCCCAUCAUUUGUAUCAAUAUACCUGGAUAGAACAUGGAUAGGGCUAAGGUUUCUCCGAGCUCUACGCUUAAUGACGGUGCCUGAUAUUUUGCAGUACCUCAAUAUAUUAAAGACAUCAAGCUCAAUUCGAUUGGCGCAAUUAGUGUCUAUAUUUAUAUCAGUGUGGCUCACAGCGGCUGGUAUUAUUCAUUUGUUGGAAAACUCUGGUGAUCCACUAGAAUUCGAGAAUGCGCAAUCACUACCAUAUUGGACUUGUGUAUACUUUCUCAUAGUCACAAUGUCCACAGUAGGUUACGGUGACGUGUUCUGUCAUACAGUACUUGGCAGAACGUUUUUGGUUUUUUUUCUCCUCGUCGGCUUGUUGCUCACAUCACCGGUAGACAACACAAUCCUUUUUGUUUUAUUUUCGCUCCGCUACCGGCUACACUUUACUGUAUCAUCUAGUUUUAUCGAGACUCGAGGACGUUGUCGUGCACCACACGAUGGUGUCCGCGCGCAGACUCCCCCCAUGACACCAGAUCGACACCAUGGUCUGUUGCAGGCAAUGUUCGCUAGUAGUAUUCCUGAAAUUAUAGAGCUGGUAGGAAGUAGAUUGAGACGAGAGGAAGCGACUCACUCGUCCCGCGAUGCCGUGCGGCGUUUUGAUUCGCUCCAUCUCUAUGACGAUGUGAUAUCAUCAGAAGCUUGCUCAGUGCCGUCAGAUGUAUUGUGUUAUCUACUCGCGCGCACCCGACGACCCCUCGACACCCGCUCGGGCCAAUCUUCGUCCUCACCUCAUCUGGCCCGCCCACGUGAAGCGAGGGCGAACCCCGCCUCGCGAAUUAGCGAACGUCCAGCUUUGCAUGCACCCGGUCACGAGUCCCUCACGGCUUGUCACGUAGCUCCCGUUAGCGUAGCUCGGCACGGCACCCAAGUCCCGCACCCGUCCACACACGCCACAGCCACACGCAGACAGAUGACACUCAAGCCACACAGCCUUGUGCGAGCGCGAGGGUUGACGGCCGCGGGCCGGGCCGGGGGGCGGGCGCGCGGGGUUCUCUCGCUCACCUCACGGUGUUUGCUGUGUAUCGUAGGCUGUGUUCGCCAGCUGGAUCCCCGAGAUCACGGAGCUGGCGGCGCAGCGCAACAAAUACGGCGGCCGAUACAACAAGGACGUCCGCCGCAGGUACCCUGCUCUCACGCCCCCGCUCCACACGGCUUCCUCUCACGGUUUCGAUCUGACUUGGUUGAUUGA